UACACACCUUUUACGAGCACUUUCCUAGGGGCACGAGUUAGAAAUUCAUAGAAAAAGGCUAAGCCCUACUGGAGCUCGAUGGGUAGUUGUCACCAUCGAUGCUUGUAUUAUUGAUGAUAUCUUCCUAUUCUCCUAUGCAUAGCUAACUCGAAAUUAUUUAGGGAAAUGACUCGAUGAUGGUUUAUGUGCGAGUUUCGAUGAUUUAAUGAUAUGCCUAUUGACUCGCUAAAUCACAAUAUCAAACUACGACAAAGUGCAAUCGUAGUAUGGAAAUGCAGUCGAGUGGGACAAGUAAUAAAAGUCAACCUGGGGCCUAGAUGUACUGCCUACUCAGAUGAAAUUCUAUUAUCUAGCGAGAAAAAUUGAGUGAGAAUGAGUUUAAACUGAAGCAGAAAGAAAGAACCAAGUUGUUCGGUUUACUUAGCAAGAGAAGAGUCACUUGGGAUUGUGUCCCCCUAGCUCCUCAGUUAGGUUCAAGUUGUAAUUCCCUUUGGUUGUUUUAAUGUCGAUUAGACUGUGGAAGAUCCAAAAAUAACUUGGAAUCUCUUACACUGACCAAACCCUCUUAGACAGAAUACCCGACAGGUGACUAGCCUUCACUGGUAUAGACUGCUAAGGCGAUUCACACAGAUCCCCUCUACUUGGAACGAAUUUCAGUACAAAACAGUGAAUUGAUUGACUCUCGUACAAUCAAUUCAUUACUAUCAAUUGAAGAAGCUCUUAUAACCUAAUCAGAUUCUAUCUAUCAUAGGUUAGAGCAGAAGUCAAGAGAACUUGAUUAGGAUCCAAUUGACUCAAUAAACAUAGCCUCAAUUGAUUAAAAUCAUCGAGUAUAACAUCCAAAAGUCAUUACAAACAAGAUCUCUAACACAUGGAACUAGGGUUCUUCAUACCCAAGUGAGAGAAAGGUUUACUCCUUAGAGAGAGAGGAAAACAGAAACCAAAGUAGUCAAACUCAUAAUGAUGUGUAUAAUAUGCUCUGGGAUGUCAAUCUUCACUCAUGGAGAUGCAAUCCGGGUUCAAUGGUGAGAAAUCCACUCCAAAUAGCUUAUAGGGUUUGUUCUUCGUCACUUUCUCUCUAUAGAACUCUGUUUUUGUUCUAUAAAGUCGACUAAUACCUGAAAUUUGACAAAAGAGCACAACCUAGCAUAAAAUAGGCCAAGAAAACACAAAUCCAAGCCUUCUUUCAACGUCAAGGUUCAGCUUUUCCAAUGAUUUUCCGGCGAGUUUCCCGACGAAUGCCACUUUUUUCUGAUACGUUUUCUGAGAAUUGGAUAUAUAGUAGGGAGUAAAAAAUUUAUUAAUGGAGAGAUAUGUAUAAUCCAUUUUGAAUUAAAUUAUUAUUAUUUUUUAGUUGGAAGCAAAUAGCAUAUGCCUCUUGGCCGUUGGGGUGACUAAAGUGGUCAACAACCAAUCAACAAGACUAGGAAUAUCCAUGGAAAACUUCCAAAAAGAAAGAGACAAGAGAAGGGAUUGGUAGCAAACUGGCAGCGUGUUGAUGAGUCCUGGUCGCCUCCCCGGCCUCGCCUAUCAGAGUCAGAGAUCGAAGAACCUGAGAAAAAAGAAGGGCAAAUGGAUUUCGAGAACAUAAAGAAAUAUUUGGAAGGGAAUGCUAGCGGACAAGUUGAUGUCAAGAAUCGAUCGGCGGUCCGCGCUAUGCCUUACAGAUUCUUCGAGCGAUUCAAUGUGCAAGGUCUUCAUGUCGAGCUAGUCGAACCCGGUCGCAUUAUUUGCUCAAUUAAAGUUCCACCUCGUCUCUUGAAUGCUGGCAAAUCCUUGCACGGUGGAGCCAUCGCCACUCUGGUCGACGUGUUUGGGUCAGCUGUGAUAUACACUGUUUCAGCUCCUCAGAACACUGGAGUUUCAGUUGAAAUCAACGUUUCUUACUUGGAUUCUGCUUAUGUUAAUGAAGAGAUAGAGGUUGAGGCCAGAAUUUUGCGCCUUGGAAAGACGGUGGGAGUCAUCACCGUUGAGUUAAGGAAGAAGAAAUCUGGGCAGAUUAUUGCACAGGGCCGUCAUACCAAGUAUCUUCUUGUUUCUAGCAAAUUGUAAAUUUGUAACCCUAGCGAAGAACUAGCCUAUGAAAUAAAUACGUGAUAGAAACCUCAUUAUAUAUAUAUAUAUACCAAGUCAGCUACCUUCCUGUUCUCUUCGUUUCCGUAUAUCCUGCAGUAGGUCCUGUUUUCUUGGGAGGAAACUUCUGUAACGAGGGGGUUUGAUUAUUUAUAUGGCUUUUUGAGAACAAACUAAGUUAAGGUAGGGUACACCUACUAUUUUGGAGGUUCAAUGAGAGAUGCAGAAAUGAAAGGUUACAGUUACG